CUGGUAUAGUUUCAUUACGUGGGCUUGCUGAAGGCUGGGAGAUGAGCGCUCGUCGAAUUGCAGCGCUGUGUGUGCUCCAACUCGCAGUCGGACUUCAGUCGAGUGAUUUAGUAUUGACGUGCAGUAGCCAGAAGCUCCAGUCAACCAAUCAUACAAAAGGAAACAAAGAGCACUUCGAAAUCUGUGAGACAGGCUUUUCAGAACCAGAUUGCGACGUUUCGAUUGAUAUAGAGAUUCAAUUCAAUUUUACAAGCGUGAACGUCUACACGUUGGACUGCGGGGCCUCUGGAGUGAAAGUGGGAAUCUUCCAAGAUGGAAACAAUUUGCAUCGUCGUGGAUGCCACGUCCAUCACGAGGAAACAGGAGACGGUAUUCGAUGGAUAGCACAUAUACAACCACACACCAAAUGUGCGUUCACUUGCAGUGCAAUAACAGGCGAAGACCAGGGACCCUUGGAGGUUACUCGUCUCAAAAUCCAAAACACAAACAAUCCUUUAGAUGUCGUCCGUGUACAAAAGCGACUUCUAGUUACUCCAGAAUCAGACGAAUAUAGAACGUUUUGCUGGCUAUCUGGUUAUGACAUGGGGCUGUUUCUUCAAACAGUUCAUCCUAUCCCUCAGGCUCGAGAUCGUCCCAGGACGAAUUACAAUGGAUACUGCCAGCUGUACAUGGACGAGGACUGGUGGUAUGUAGCAGCAUGGAAAGGCGUUACACAAAACUCUGCAGCUGGUCCCCAGUCUGAUUAUUCAGCUUGUAACGUGGCAUGCCAAUACGUGCGAAAAGAUGCGAAUGUUGACGUGGAUUGGGGUGAGUUUGUGACUCAUGCUCUCUACGACGACGAGACCGAGCUAGUCUCAGCCGAUUCUCACCACCAGUGUAGCCUCGCGUACGUCAACAUUCAACCGACAACAACAACCGACUUUAGUGGAUGUCGAGUGCGCGUCAAUGAAGAUACCGGAAUGUGGCAACUUGAUGUUAUUCAAAAUUCCGGCGGCCCUGGGUCAGUAGAAUGUGGAGCGGUGUGUUCGUGUUCUGGCUCUAUUUCUGAUACUAAGUGGCCGUGCAUAUUGCCGCACCCAGCAGAACCAGUAAACAAAACCAGAAUCCAGGCCGAGACAGAAAUAAUCAAUCAGUACCACGUGUACAGUUAUGUCUACAAUUUACAGACAGCUAGCUUGCUUGCCAUCUUUCUCAUGCUGGUUUCGAUUGCCGUCAUUUUCGCUUGGAAGUACUUCCAAAGAAGAAAACGAAAUGAAAAAGUUUGAACCCAAGACUUUAACUGACUGCAGCGUCGUUAUGAGUUGCUAUAGUCUUGUCUACUGCAGAUCUCUUUUCAUUAUAUUUGAUGGUGUAUUAGAAGCAAUACGCAUAUUAUGACUUGUUGCUUCGAUCGACUAUUUGUUAAUUAACACUAUAAUUAUUAUAAUA